AUGUCGUGUGGUCGUCAACUGUGUUCGCUGUCUCAGUUGGUUGCUGUAUUGAUUUUCUAUCUACUAAUAUCAAAUCUAAACAAGUCUGGAGAAUCACUUUGGCACUCUCGAUAUGUCGAUUGUGAUGUUCUGUACGCUGCAGCUGUUGUUUCGAAGCCGGCAAUUCCAACAACAACAUCUCAACCUCUUCGAUCAACCGGCAAAUCAUUACGUGUCCCACUAACGAAUGCUAAGCUUAUGAUGUCUAGCUGCUACCUUUUACAGAAAGCUUUCCUGGCCGCGGUUUUAAUUUCUACUUCGAAUGAUAUCUCAGUAAAUCCUGGACCAGUAUCUAACGAUUUCCCUCGAUUUCGUGGACUAAAGAUCGCUCACCUCAAUGUUCAAAGUUUGAUCGGUAAGAUCGACUCAUUACGUAUCUUCUUAAAGGAAAACCCUUUUGAUGUGUUAACUCUGUCCGAAACGUGGCUGAAAGCUAAUGUAUCUGAUAAUGAAAUUUAUAUCCCUGGAUAUACUUUAUCGAGGAAUGACAGAGAUAUUCGUAUUGGGGGAGGUACUUUAGCCUAUAUUCGUGAUGGCUUGCCUUACUGUGUGCGCUCUGACUUGCAAGCACCGAAUAUUGAAUCCUGUGUUAUUGAAGUCAAUCGAGUAAAAGCUAGGAAACUUUUCAUAUUUACUAUAUAUAAGGCUCCUGACAAGAAACUUGAACAUUUUAUUGAAAGUUUAAGUAACGUAUUAUGUACUGUUCCCUCGGAAGCCGAUAUUAUAAUUUUGGGCGAUUUCAAUGUUAAUGUUCUAGCGGCAAAGAAAGACUCUUUACGACAACAACUUGUUCGCUUUGGAAAUUUGCAUUACUUGGAACAACUUAUUAAAACUCCUACAAGAAUUACUGAAAAAUCUGCCACUGCAAUUGACCUAUUGUUUAUUAACAAUUAUCAUCGUAUAAUCGAUUCUGGGGUGUUACAUCCAUCAUUAAGUGACCAUUCCCUUAUCUAUUGCAUACUAAAAGCUGGAGUCCCUAAGCUUCCGCCACGAACAAUAGAAUACAGAUCAUAUAAGAACUAUUCCCAAAGUGCUUUUGUGAACGAUCUUAAGAAUAUAGAUUGGAAUGUUGUUGAUAAUCAAGAAAAUGUUAAUGAUGCCGUUAAGGUAUGGGACCAACUAUUCUUCUGACGUGGCUAAUAGACACGCUCCAAUUAGAAAACUGCGAAUGAAAGGAAGACAUGCACCGUGGAUCACGAGUAAUUUAAGUACUGCUAUGCGGGAUCGCGAUUAUCAUCGUCGAAAGGCUGUAAAAUCAAAUUCUGAAUAUCACUGGAAGCUCUAUAAGCAAGCAAAGAUAUCUGUGAAUAAACUUAUAAAGAAAUGUAAAUCUGAGUAUUAUCUAGACCUAAUAAACAAAAACAAAGGAAACUCUAGUGUACUCUGGAAAACAUUAAAUGAAAUUACAUCGAGGAAAUCAUCUGCUCCUAUAACUUCUAUUGAAAUUGAUGGCACGUCACAAACUGACGUUAAAUCAAUUGUUGAAGGUUUAAACUUGCACUUUUCGUCUAUUGGAAUGAAAUUAGCGACAUUAAUCAAGUCUAGUUUCGGAUUCAUUCGUCAGGUCAUUACGCCAAAUUCUGUCAGUGAUAUUUGGGCAUCAACAUCUUGUGAGUUUUCCUUUGGGGAUAUUGAUGAACAAUUUGUUAACAAAAAUCUCCAUGAGUUGAAAACCAAUAAAGCUAUUGGUCUUGAUCGUGUUAGUGCUCGUUUGUUGAAAGAUUCUGCCAAUGUUCUAACUCCUGUACUGACCAAAUUAUUUAAUCGUUCACUGUCUUCUUCUAUAUACCCUGACAUUUGGAAAUGCGGGAAGGUUACUGCUCUGUUUAAGUCUGGGAAAAGAACUGAUCCAAAUAACUACCGGCCAAUAACAGUUCUCCCGAUUGUUAGUAAAAUUCUAGAGAAAGCGGCCCAUUUACAAAUGUAUAGCUAUCUACAGGAUAAUAAACUUUUGUCGCCAUUUCAGUUUGGUUUUAGGCCCAAAAGCUCGACUGAGAUUGCCCUCGUCGACUUCACUGACUCAAUUCUGGAAAACAUGGACAGAGGACUUUUCACAGGGGUAGUUUCAAUUGAUUUAACGAAAGCUUUUGACACCGUCGAUCACGGAAUUCUGUAUGAUAAACUGAAACGCGCCGGCUUUGCUGACACAUCCGUAAACUGGCUUGAAUCAUAUCUUACAAACAGAACUCAAGUAACUGCAGUUGGAAAUAUUUACUCGUCUGCUAAAUCUGUACACAUUGGAGUACCUCAGGGAAGUGUGUUGGGUCCGUUACUAUUUAUCAUCUAUGUGAACGACCUGCCUUCAUGUAUAAAACACUGUAACGUAUCUCUUUAUGCUGAUGACACGGUUAUUUAUUUUUCUUCUUCUGAUGUAUCAGUAGUUGAGGAUAAACUAAAUUCCGAUCUAGCAAGUUUAAGCCGGUGGCUCAACAAAAACCUCCUAACAUUGAAUGAAACUAAAUGUAAAUUUGUUAUAUUUGGGAGUAAUCAAAAACUGGCAAAGAUAAAAAAAUUUCCUUGCAAAUAAACGGAUGUCAAAUUCAUGAUGAAGAUUCGUUUAAAUAUCUGGGUGUUAUUAUGCACAAGAACAUGACUUGGUUGGAUCAUAUUGACCAGCUAAAUGUGAAAGUUUGUCAACGAUUAGGAGCUCUACGACGAGUAAAACAUCUACUUCCCCGCGACGCAAGAAUAACCUUAUAUAACAGUCUAAUUCUACCUCUGUUUGAUUACGCGGACGUUGUAUGGGGUGACAAAAAUAAUGCCCUUUUGAUGAACCAACUUCAAGUACUUCAAAAUAAUGCAGCUCGUACCAUAUUAGAUUUACCAAAGUAUGCAUCAGCAACUCAGGCUAUUAAUCAGCUGACAUGGAAACCUCUAGUCUCUCGCCGCUGUUCUCAUCGUCGCGUGGCGAUGUACAAGUGUCUAAAUGGUCUGGUUAAUUUUAAUCAUGACUUUCGAAAGAAUGGCGACCAUGGUUAUAACACCAGAGGUUCUGAGAAAAUCCGUGUGCCUAAAUCAAAGACAAACUGGGGCUUGCAGAGAUUCGUUGUGCAUGCAGUAAAUGACUGGAAUAGUGUGCCAGAACACAUCAAACAGGCUGAAACACUAACACGUUUUAAAAGCCUUUUAGCAACAAAUUUUUAGACUUUCAUAGAUUAAUGGUUUUGGAAUGCUCUUUAUGUAUAUUCUAUUACAGUAUACUUAUUUCUAACUUUUUAGCUUUUUAAUCUAACCUCUACUAACUUUUAUUAACUUUAUGGACAAUUUAUUAUUUAUGUAAUAGUUUUUAUCAGGGCCCUACUGAAAAUCGCACUGCGAGUUAGGCCCCCUGUCAAAAUAUUAUGAUAAUAAAAAAGGCAAGGAUUUUCGUCCAUCAGUCCAUCAAUAGCAUCUGAUGGAGAAGCUCGUUCGACUACUGCAAAGGACUUAUUAGAACCAUCUAAGCGUGACCCUGUGCAAAACUAUUACAAAGACCAAGGUAAAUCGAUUAACUCAUUGAAUAAUUUAAAGGGUAUGAAAUUAGCUAGCCUUAAUAUCAACAGCAUCACAAAACAUAUUGACGAACUUCGAAUUUUAAUGAAGGAUAAGAAGCCCUUAGAUUUAGUAAUAGCCCCUAGAUUUAGUAAUAGCAAUUAA